AAUUAGAACUAACUUUGUUCGUAACUUAGUGUUAACGAUGCUCGAGCGCCGCAAAAGCGGUAGGCGUAGCCAAAAUUACAUUCGUUGUCACUCAAAAUAGAUCCGACUAGGAAACCGGAAGUCGUACAUACCAGCGUGGCUAGCAAGCAAACUUUAAUUAAUUCGCAUGUUUAACUGGAAAUCAAUCUUUAAAAUAUAUCUUCCUAUGUUCAAACGCUCCCUGCCAGGCGGAUUAACAACAACGGGUAAUAUUGUGGGACGGUAGUUCCCAAUGGCCGGAGCGGAGGCGAUAGGAAGACCUAGUGUAGGGCAUUGGGGUCUGCAAAGCAUUGUGAGAGCCGCAGCGGUGUGUCUCUCUCUGGUCAUCUGCCUGGUCAGGUGCACGGACUGUGCCAAGCCGAGUAACAUCGUGUUCAUUCUCACAGACGACCAGGAUGUCGUCCUUGGAGGAAUGACUCCUGUGAAGAAGGCCAAAGCCCUUAUUGGUGAUGCUGGUGUUUACUUCUCCAAUGCUUUUGCAGUGACUCCGCUCUGCUGUCCCAGCCGUAGCAGUAUUCUGACGGGUCGGUACCCUCACAACCACGAGGUCCGAAACAACUCCCUGACUGGCAACUGCAGCAGCCCUGUGUGGCAGAAAGGCCCCGAAUCCCUGGCCUUCCCCGUGUACCUCAGCAAGCAGCAGUACCAGACCUUCUACGGGGGAAAGUAUCUCAACCAGUAUGGAAAGAAGGAGGCCGGAGAUGUGGCCUAUGUUCCUCCAGGCUGGGACCAGUGGCACGCGCUGGUGGGGAACUCCCAGUACUACAACUACACCCUGUCUGUGAAUGGCAAAGAGGAGAAGCACGGGGACAGCUAUGAUACGGACUACCUCACCGACCUCAUUGUAAACAGGUCACUGCGUUUCCUUGAUGACCGGAGCCCCCAGCACCCGUUCUUCAUGAUGCUGUCCCCGCCCGCCCCCCACUCGCCCUGGACGGCCGCGCCCCAGUAUGCGAAGACCUUCAGCAACGUGAAAGCUCCACGAGAUGGCAGCUUCGACAAGCCCGGAAAGGACAAGCACUGGUUACUACGGCAACCCCUCAACCCCAUGACCAACAGCUCCAUAGACUUCUUGGACAACGCUUUUCGCAGGAGGUGGCAGACUCUGCUGUCUGUGGACGACCUGGUGGAGAAGGUGGUGCAGAAGUUGCAGGACAUAAAGGAGCUGAACAACACCUACGUCUUCUUCUCCUCCGACCACGGAUACCACACAGGCCAGUUCUCUCUGCCUAUAGACAAGAGGCAGCUGUACGAGUUUGACAUUCGGGUUCCGCUCAUGGUUCGAGGCCCUGGCAUCAAGCCGAGCCAGACCCUGAAGGAUCCAGUGCUGAACAUUGACUUUGGCCCCACCUUCCUGGACAUCGCCGGGAUUAACCUGACCGAGGUGAACAUGGACGGCCAGUCCUUCCUGCCACAGAUGGCCCCGUCCUUACGCAAUGGGACCUCUCGCCCUUACUUCCUGGUGGAGUACACUGGAGAGGGACACUCCGCCCCUGAUCCCGCCUGCCCCAAGCUUGGCCCGGGCCUGUCUCAAUGCUUCCCGGACUGCGUGUGCGAAGACGCCUUCAACAACACGUACGCUUGCGUGCGCACCCUGACCAACUACAACAUGCAGUACUGUGAGUUUGCUGACCAGGAGUCCUUCGUGGAGGUCUACAACUUGACCUCUGACCCUCAUCAGCUUGAGAACAUUGUGAAGAAGGUUGACCCUGUCAUCCUGCAGACCAUGAACCAAAGACUGAUCCGGCUCCAGUCCUGCAUGGGAAGCAGCUGCAGGGACACCAAGUAUUAGCCAAUCAAGACAGGGUGGGCGGGACCUUGACCCUCUACUAAGAUUGUUGAGCACUUUCCAGUGGGAGUGAAGGACGGAACGACCGACUCCGUUUGAAUGUGAACCCAAUUGUUUUUCUGUCUUCAUUUUGUUUUCUUCUUCUUUAUCAAAGCCAAAGUCCGGCUGUUCACCUCAAGAGAGAUUUAUAUUCAGUUUGUGAAACUUGUCUUCUGUUUCUUAGCUUGUAAGUACCGUUUUACUAACUGAGAUAUAUAUUGCAUCACUCGUUUCACUGUAAUGGGAUCGUCUCAGUAAAUGCUCCUUCAGAGUGAAUUUCAGUGAAUUUCUUUUUGUGUUUUUGGUUUGUUUUCUUGUUUCUUGUUUUUUAAUGUAAAAAAGGAAGGCCAGGGAAGACCGAAGGGAAAACAAUAACACAAAUUCUGCAAACUGUGGGAAUCUUUCUUAUUUUUUAUUUUUUUGGCUGAAAAACUGUGCCUUGUACUGAUGCUCUGGACCUUUGCACUGACGCAAGGAUUUCAUGAUUUUAUGCCUUUGUACUGUGUUUAUAUAGCUGCAGAUUUGAAAGUCAAUAAAAUUGAAAUGAAUCAAAAA